AUGACUGGAGUUCCACGUGACAUCGCGCAACAUUGUUUAAACAUCAAACCAUCAGUCGAUCCGGUUGUUCAGGGGAGGCGCAGCUUCAGCGAAGAAAAAGCAAAAGCGAUGGACGAGCAAGUAACAGAGUUACUCAACGCGGGAAUCUUGCGCAAAGUGAAAUACCAUACAUGGGUUGCCAAUCCAGUCAUGGUACAAAAACAUAACGGCGGGUGGAGAAUGUGUGUCGACUUCAAAGACCUCAACAAAGCAUGCCCCAGAGACUGCUACGCGCUCCCAGAGAUAGACAAGAAAGUCGAUUGUUUAGCAUCAUUCAGAUGGAAAUGCUUUCUCGACUGUUAUAAGGGUUAUCACCAGGUCCAAAUGAAAGAAGAGGACGAAGAAAAAAUCGCAUUCCGCACAGAUAAAGGCAUCUACUGCUACACAAAAAUGUCGUUUGGUUUGCGCAACGCAGGCGCAACGUAUCAACGCCUAAUGGACACAAUCUUUAGCGAGGAUAUUGGCAAAACUGUCGAAGUAUACAUGGAUGACCUCGUCAUCAUGAGCCACGAGGAGGAGACGAUGCUCAACAAUAUCCAGCGCACAUUCGAUUCCUUACAAAGCGUAAAAUUAAACCCGACAAAAUGCUCCUUCGGCAUGGAAGAAGGAAAGUUUUUGGGUUUCAUAGUUACAAAAGACGGUUUUAAGGUUAAUCCAGAGAAGGUGCAGACCAUUCAGCUAAUGCCAUCACCGGCAACAGUCAAGGAAAUGCAAAGACUCGCCGGGCGUACGCUGCGAAACUGCGGAAAGAAAACUCCUUUUCAAUGGACACCUGAAGCAGAAGCAGCAUUCAAGCAAAUGAAAGAAUAUUUAAUCCAGUUACCAACGCUGACUGCGCCAAAAGAAAAAGAACCAUUAAUCUUAUAUCUGUCAGCCGCGGAGGUAGCAGUAGGCGCAGUAUUAAUGGUAGAGCGGGAAAAUAUCCAGACUCCAAUCUACUACAUCAGCAAAAUGCUCACCGACCCUGAAACUCGUUACUCAAUGAUAGAAAAACUGGUUCUAGCGCUAGUACACGCAUCCAGACGUUUGCGCAGGUAUUUUUCAGGCCAUGUCAUCACAGUACUAACAAAUUAUUAUUUGGGCCAAAUCUUGUCAAAACCCGACAUAGCGGGGAGAUUAGCUAAAUGGGCCAUCGAGCUAGGAGGCUACAACAUUUUUUACAAACCAAGACCAGCAAUCAAAGGGCAAGUUCUAGCAGACUUCGCCACUGAAGUUCCUAUUGAUAAAGUACAAGAAUGUGAGGCAAUCCAGAACCCGACACCUGUUUUUGACGACAGAGUCUGGACCUUACACAUCGAUGGUGCUUCCAAUGACGACGGAGCAGGAGCAGGUCUCCGAUUAUUCAGCCCGGAUAAUCACGAACUCACAUAUGCUAUCCGCUUAGAUUUCCAAAGCACCAACAAUGAAGCAGAAUACGAGGCAUUUUUAGCAGGUCUUCGUCUAGCACUCAAGAUGGGGGCAAAAAACCUCGAAGCGAACGUCGACUCAAAACUAGUAGCUGAACAAGUUAACGGUCGUUAUGACGCGAAGGGCGAGGCUAUGGCGUUGUACCUUGAACAAGCACGGAUGUUAAUCAAUCAAUUUCAGACAUUCAAAGUCAAUCACAUAAACAGAAGCGAGAACAAACAUGCUGACGCGCUAAGCAAGUUAGCUGCUACCAGCUUUAAACACUUAGCAAAGGAAGUGCGCAUAGAGGUACUAUCCAACCCUUCCAUUCACCUAAAGCAAGUAAGCGUCAUAGAGAUGGGAAAUCCGUCUUGGAUGUCUCCAAUUAUUUUGUACCUUCAACACGGAAAACUUCCGGAAGGAAAGGCAGAAGCCCGAAAAAUACAACACAAAGCAAUAAACUACGAGAUGGCGGAUGGCGUCCUUUAUCGAAAAUCAUUCAUGGGUCCAUUACUACGUUGUGUUGAUAAAACAGACGCUCAGUAUCUGGUCAGAGAAAUCCAUGAGGGAUUAUGCGGGAUACACGCAGGACCGCGCAUGGUCGUGGCAAAAAUAAUGAAUGCCGGAUACUACUGGCCAGGAAUGCACAUGGACGCAGUUGAUCUAUUACGAAGAUUUGGGUUACCAUUGCGCAUUAUUUAUGACAAUGGUACAAACUUUGCCGCGGAAGACCUUCAAAAAUGGUUUAAAGAAAUGAACAUUGAACACAGCUUCGCCUCCGUUGCGCAUCCUCAAGCGAAUGGCCAGGUAGAAAGCAUAAACAAACAAAUCGUUGACGGUAUAAAAGCACGACUUGGGACAGCGCGCAGAGGGUGGGUUGACGAGCUUCCCAGCAUUCUCUGGGCGCAUAGAACAAUGCCAAAGACUAGCACCGGAGAAACUCCGUUCAGUCUAGUCUAUGGGUCAGGGACCGUCAUUCCAGCUGAAAUAGGCCUACCUUCACCGCGCAUGUUGGCUAUGGAGAAAAAGGACAACGAACAAGAACGGAGGCUGGAUUUGGAUCUUCUGGAAGAAAGGCGCGAGAACGCGGCCAUAGCAGAAGCAAGGUACAAAUCCAAGCUAGAGAAAUAUUACAACGCGCGUGUGCGUAUUUGCACUUUUGUCCCCGGAGAUUUUGUCUUGCGCGACAACGAGGCUUCAAAUGCCGAAAAACCCGGCAAAUUAGCGCCAAGGUGGGAAGGACCGUACGUCAUUAACGAAGUCUCAGGCAAGGGGGCAUAUACCCUAAAAAGGGUCGAUGGGACUCUAGUUCCCCGCACCUGGAACACGCAACAGUUGCGCAGGUGUUACAUGUGA